CUGCUCUCUUGUGGCCUUCUUGAAAAGCUGAAGUUCAGUGUUUUAGAACUGCAGGAGUACCUGGACACAUACAACAACAGAAAAGAAGCAACACUCUCGUGGCUUGCAAACUGCAAAGCAACAUUUGCUGGGGGCUCACGAGAUGGAGUUAUUACCUGCCAGCCAGGGGACUCGGAAGAAAAGCAAAUGGAAUCUCUUGCACAACUGGAACUGUGUCAGAGAUUAUAUAAACUGCACUUCCAGCUGCUGUUGCUUUUUCAGUCCUACUGUAAACUUAUUGGACAAGUGCAUGAAGUCAGUUCCAUGCCAGAGCUGUUAAAUAUGUCGAGAGAGCUGAGUGAGCUGAAGAAAAACCUGAAGGAUGCCACUGCUGCCAUCGCAGCGGAGCCUCAGGCGACAGAAUCCGAGCCCUCAUUCAACUCUACGGAAGCAGCUAUUCAGUCCAUGCUGGAGUGUUUGAAAAACAAUGAACUUGUGAAAGCUGUCCGACAAAUAAGAGAAUGCAGGAUUUUGUGGCCCAAUGAUAUCUUUGGAAGUAGCUCUGACGAUGAAGUCCAGACACUACUGAACAUUUACUUCCGGCACCAAACCUUGGGUCAGACGGGCACCUAUGCAUUGGUGGGCUCCAACCAGAGCCUGACUGAAAUCUGUACCAAAUUAAUGGAACUGAAUAUAGAGAUCCGCGACAUGAUUCGCAGAGCUCAGAAUUACCGGGUCAUCAAUACUUUUCUUCCAGACUCCAGCAUUUCCGGCACAAGUCUCUGACAGGACUUUUGUGUCCUCUUGCAAGCUGGGAGUGCUGCCCUGCUGGGGUAAGGUGGCUCGAUGUCUUCUCAGCCUUACAAAGGUUUGGUCAAACUGUACUCACUCUUGUUACGUUUAGGAUUUCUUCUAAAAAGAUACGGGCUGAACUUCAAACGUGUAGCAAUACUGUAAGGACAAAGGUAGCAUAGAGCGUCUGGGACAACAUCCCUUGUUCUCUGUGGCACAAAAACCGGUUAGCAUUUCACUGAGCAACUGCAACUCACUACUGAAGAAGCGACUUCCAUUGCAUACCAAAGCCUACUACACUGAACAAUACUUCCUUUAUAGCAAAUUAAUUUUAGGUUGGCAAAAGUGCAAUGUUUCCUUCACAAAAUAAUAUUUUUUGUUAAGAAAAAAGAAAUGUACAUUUUUUCCUUUUGUUUUUCCUCUUAUUUGGUUGAGUGAAAGAUGGGCAGAAUGAAGCUGGCCACAGAAUCUCGCAAACUUGUUGGUCGAAAGCUGAGAGCCUGUGUGUAUGAAACGAAUUGUAAAUGGACUACAGUUUGAUAUACACUGUAAUUUGAAUAUGAUUACUGUAUCUUAAAACAACGAGCUGCUAUGAAGUACAUUUCCUAAUGUUACUAGGCUACUGUCUCUGAAGGUACUGGAUCAUAUUGCAGAGGUCUGUUCUUAGGGCCCCCAAGCAUCAUAAAUGGUCUUGGCAGAUUUUCUUUUUUUUUUUCUUUUUUUUUUUAAGGACCUUGGCUGCUUUUUACUAGAGGGUUGCUUUUAUGAAUAUAUUUAUACUAUUAAAGGAUGGUUGAUCUAAUUUAACUUUGCCAUUUUGUAGGAGAAAGUCCAUCACAGAGUCAAAUCUUUUGAACUGUUAUGCAUGCGUAUUUUUAUUUAAUAUAAAUUUUGACUAUAAAAAGUAAAAAUAUUAACGUGAAAUGCAAGUUCUUAUGUUAAGUUCUUUUAAAGAGAUGUCUUAUUUUAUUUGUAAUGUAUAUAUAAAAGUUAUACCUGUAUGUUUUUUCUUACAUUUAACUGCUGUCCAGUGUUAAAUGUAUGCAUGUAAAUGUGUUGCACAUCUGAAACUUUUAUUCUGACAACUAUGUAACUUAUUCACUCUGUAAAUACACUUACCGUUUUUGUGAAGUAACUUUGGUUGAUACUUGGAUCAGUACAUCCAUUUAACUAAAAUAUAGAAGUCAUAUAUAAUCACGACA